UCCGGUAACGCAAUCGCAGUCACUCUAUAGUGACAUUCCAAACAAAUGCGAAUCUUGACGUCUGGUUGAUCUCACACUAACACCGUAAAGAUGAUGCUCUCACGCAUGAAGCCGGCCAUGGGGCCGGGGGCUGCCACAGGAGGAAAGGAGCAGAAGAAAAAGAAGAAAUUUCCGAAGUUAGAUGAGUUUUUGUCGGCUCGAGAUUACACAGGUGCCAUCACUCUGCUGGAGUUUAGCCGUAACAGUGGAAAGGGAAACGAAGAAGUAGACAUGUGGAUUGCAUACUGCGCCUUCCACCUGGGAGACUACAAGAGAUCUAUGGAGGAGUACGAGAGGCUGUCCAAGAGGGAUGGCUGUCACCCAGACAUCUUCGCCUUCCUAGCCUGCUGCUACUUCUUCCUGGGGAUGUAUUCAGAUGCUGACACAGCUGUAGCACGAUCUCCCAAGAGUCGUCUACAGAACCGCCUGCAGUUCCACCUGUCGCACAAGUUCAAUGAUGAGCGUAGGUUGAUGGGGCACCAUCAGGCCCUGCAGGAUAUCAUCGAGGACCAGCUGUCCCUUGCCUCCAUCCACUACCUACGAUCACACUACCAAGAGGCCAUCGACAUCUACAAGCGCAUACUGUUAGAUAAUCGAGACUUCCUGGCUCUCAAUGUGUAUGUGGCGCUGUGUUACUACAAGCUGGACUACUACGAUGUAUCACAGGAAGUGUUGGCAGUUUACCUACAGCAGUUUCCAGACAGCGCCAUUGCUCUCAAUCUGAAAGCUUGCAACCACUUCCGACUAUACAAUGGCAAGGCUGCAGAGGCUGAACUAAAGGCUCUACAGGAGAUGUCUUCACCGUCCUUCACCUUCGCCAGGGAUCUCAUCAAGCAUAAUCUGGUGGUGUUUCGUGGUGGCGAGGGGGCGCUCCAGGUGUUACCUCCCCUUAUCGAUGUCAUCCCUGAAGCCCGCCUCAAUCUGGUCAUCUACUACCUCAAGCAGGAUGAUGUGGCCGAAGCCUACAACCUGAUCCGAGAUCUGGAACCCACCACGCCGCAGGAGUACAUCCUCAAGGGAGUAGUGAACGCUGCACUCGGACAGGAGCAGGGAUCUAGAGAGCACUUAAAAAUAGCACAACAGUAUUUCCAGCUUGUGGGAGGCUCUGCCAGUGAAUGUGACACCAUCCCUGGACGUCAGUGUAUGUCUGAGUGCUUCUUCCUUCUCAAGCAAUUUGAAGAUGUGCUGAUCUAUCUCAACUCAAUUAAGAGCUACUUCUACAAUGACGACAUGUUCAACUUCAACUACGCACAAGCCAAGGCAGCCGUGGGCAACUUCAAAGAAGCAGAGGAGAUAUUUAUGCUGAUACAGAGCGACAAGGUGAAGAAUGACUACACCUACCUGAGCUGGCUGGCCCGAUGUUAUAUAAUGAACCACAAGGCCAGGUUGGCCUGGGAGCUGUACCUGAAGAUGGAGACAUCGGGGGAGUCAUUCAGCCUGCUGCAGCUCAUUGCUAAUGACUGCUACAAGAUGGGUCAGUUCUACUAUGCAGCCAAAGCAUUUGAUGUUCUGGAACGCCUGGACCCUAACCCCGAGUACUGGGAGGGCAAGCGAGGUGCCUGUGUCGGCGUGUUCCAGAUGAUCAUUGCCGGUCAUGAGCAGAGGGAAAACUUACGUGAAGUUCUGCACCUCCUGAGAAACACCAGCAAUCCACAAGUGGAAUACAUCACAAGGACCAUGAAAAAAUGGGCCCGCGACAACAAAGUUCAUGUCUAGCAGACUCUGCCCUAGUUUUCUACUGUCUACCCGUUCACUCAUUUCCUUCUGUUCAUUGCCCUCCAUCUAACACUCUUGUCACUGUAUCUAACAUUCAACAUCCUGGCAAGCUUCAAAAUUACUUGUAGUAACCCACUGCUAAAGACACAUUUACAAUUGUAAUGGUACAAUGAAAAUACAAAAUGUCCUGAAGGUCAGGGUUUGUUAUCGCAGGGUAUGAAACUCAGACCACAGGGCUGGUUAGAUGUAAAAAAUGCCAGCCCUCACCAAAACUUACCUGCCCACAAAAUAUCUUCAUAUACAUGUCUAAAUUUUAAUCUGGCAGUCCAUGUUGAAAACAACCCAUCCCAGGCGGUCAGGCAGGCAGGUAUUUCGAACGCUGGUUACAGUCAAUAUUUAAAAGUAUGUAUUAUAUAUCUCACAGAAAAGUACAGAGGCUGACUUUAUAAGUUACAGUUACCUAUUACCUAGGUCACAGUAUUUCUUCUUUUGGACACACUCAAAAGGGCAUACUAAGCAUACCUGUUAGUGCUAGUACACUUACACAAUGCAUCUGUCCCUGCCUUGGGAUUAUCCACACUCACCACAAUUCACAUAUCCCAGGCAUCAUGGUCUGCUUGGUCCUUGGCACCAUCACAACAACUCUUGCUUCCUCAGCAUCUCUAUGCAGUAGUUCCUCAAGACUUGUACAGGUUAGCAUGUGCAAUCCUAGCACCUGCAGUAGAGAGCAACACCAGUCAGAGCAUCUUUUUUGUGUACUGAACCUCAUUUUCCACAAUUCUCUAAUUGAUUUCCAGUCUUUGUCCAUGUCCUGUUUGCAUGCUGAGUGUGUGUCUUGUCAUGUUGUGUCAUGUUGUGUCAUGUUGUGUCAUGUUGUGUCAUGUUGUGUCAUGUUGUGUCAUGUGGACCAUGUUUUAGGGAGAUGCUGCGUGAUGUCAUCAACAUGCUGCGUAAUACCAGCAACCCGCAGGUGGAAUACAUCAUCAGGACCAUGAAGAAAUGGGCCAAGGAGAACCUGGUUCCUCUGCCCUGAGAAUCACUCGUCCCUGUAUAGUCAUCAUGAUCACUGAAGUACAUGGUCAUCUGGAUCUCCAUCAAUGUUCCACCCAUACACUGGUCCACUAGAUGACCGCACACCUGGACCAUAUUCCACAAGCAAUCUCAUCAUUGCAACUGUCACAAGUCUAUGUUCAAAUUCGGACUAACAAUAGUUGUUAGGUUUGUUCUGACGAAGGAGCACAGGUGAAUUUACGAUUAGGUUCCAACUUUGAUCAUUUGUGGACAAUAUGAAAUAUUAUCAUUGUAUUUGUUGUAUUGUUCAUUUCUCCUGAAGAAGGGGCAAACUGGAUGAAUACUUUAACCAAAAAAGUAGGGAACUUGUUUAGAUAAUUGUUUAGUGUUAAGGCAAGUUCCCUAUCAAGGUGGUCUUGUUUGAUUCUGCAAGGGUUUUAUGUGUCCACCCCUGCUUCGCAGCAUAGUCAGUAUUUUAAUUAAAAACUGCUACAUCAUGUUUGAUAUGUAUGAAAAACUACAUCCAACAUGGCAUGGUUCUUCUGUGUCACCUUUGUUACCUCUACAUGUAUAUCUUGAAUCCACUUUCAAUCUAUAUGGUUCCUUGUGAAGCUGUUUGUCUUUUUCCAGACUCACUUCAAACAAUUUCACAUCUUUAGACAUGAGCAACAACAUACACAGAAAGAAGCUUGUAUCACAUCACUAUGAUUAACUUAUCAUUACUGGUGGGUAUUGCGAGACACAGCCUUCUAAAUUGCUGGUGUUCUUGGACUCAUUUCAAGUAAUGUCUUAUAUUUCUGCUCUGUGGGUGAAAUUCUGCAAAUAAAUAAAGGAACACUUGUACUUUCAUGUAUUCCCUUAUUUGUUUUCAUGAGUAUAUUUGUCUGUCAUAGUGGCUGCCUGUAAUGGCAGAGUCAACUUGUCAUACCAUUUGCCUUCAUCUUCAAGUUUUCACACUAACUGUGAUGCAAGAAACAUGGCCCAUUAUCAGAUGCAUCAUACAGACCCACACAGAUUAAAGUUGUUCCUGUUCCAUAGCUGUAUGCUGGUGAAAACAAUGUCAUUUACGACAGGGAAGUAUCCUGACUUCCUACCAGGAUCUGUUCCAACCUGUUGUAUGACAUAUUUUGUUCGGACACUCAACACAGGAUAUGAGGUUGUGUUAUCUAUAUUACUAAAUAUGUAAAUGUGUACAUAAAGUGUACAAAUAUAAUAAAAGUUUUGUUCAUGUCCCCAAGACUUGUAGUUCUGCAAAAAUAUCCGUCCAUUUUUACUCAUUGUUAAUCUGCACAGUCCAAGAUUGUGUGCAUACUGCUUGGUCAAAAGUGUUAUUUAUAUAAAUAAAUGUUUUGAAAAGA